CAUACUGCCCGGGGGCAGGUGCUGCCGGUGCUUCGAGGAGCGCAACAAGUGCGGGUGCAAAAAGUGCAUCGAGAACGUGGACAAGUGCAGGUGCAAGUGCUGCAAGCUCCAGAUCUGUGUUGGGCCAUCUGGCUGCUGUAAGACCCAGGUCUGCAAGAACCAGUGCAUGUGCUACAGGGCCACUGAGGGCCACAACAAAUGCGGUUGCUGCAAGGUUUCUGAAUGGAAAAACAAGUGCGGUUGCUUGAAGGUUUCCGAACGCCGUAACAAGUGCGGCUUCGGCUGCAAGACCACCAUUUGCAAAACGCCCUGCGGCUGUCGCAAAAUCAUCGAGAACAUCACUCCUUGUGGCUGCAGCACCUGCAUCGAGGGCUGCAACAAGUGCAUUGAUCGGGGUUGUUGCAGGAUCNAGGACUGCAAGAAGGUCAUGCCCAAUGUCAUGGCCAAGUUCACUGGCUCCAGACUGAAUCCCUUCUCACUGAGCAACAGCUUGAGCCGCUUGUCGGUCAUGCGCCUCAAGGAGAUGUCCAAGUGCACACCAGGUGUCACUGGCAGCACCAGCGAGUCCUUCGUGCUCACCGGGGUGUCGCCAGCUGUCAUGGAUCCCUUCGUGGGCAUGCCGGAAAUUGCUGAUCAGCACGACGACUCUCUGAUGUUGUCCUGUGCCGAAGGCUGUUGUUGCUUCGUUUGCAGCCCUGUGCCCUGUGCAGCUGGCUGUUGCUGCCCUGCUUGCUGUCCAGCCAUCAUCGUGCCCAUGAUGGACUCCAACACUGAGGCCAGCAUCAACAACAGAGCCAAGAAAACCGCCGUCAGGAAACUGAAGCUUCACAAGAGCAGCAACGCCUCUGCUGCUGGUGUUGUUGGGGAGACCUCUAUGGCGAGCAAGGAGAAGCGCAAGCUUAGCCGCGGGCGGAAAGAGGGGGACUCUGCCGCGUCAUCGUUGGUGCUGGCGAAAGAUGUACCCCCGGCGGGCGCCACAUUGCCUCGGACAGCGGCCCAACAACAACUGUGUUGUCCGAAUGCCUGUGGUGGUCUGAGCUGUGCCCAGGCUGAGACAACGUCGUCUGGCGCCACUUUGUUGCAGACGAGGACGAAUUUGUUUUGCGGCCGGUACAUUUGCUCCAACAGGGAGACCUGCGUCACGGUUUUCGCCAAAAAUUGCAAACCCAGUCUGGACAACUUUGUGUGUCCCACGAUGGAGCAGUGCAUGCCUAGGGGAACUGAGGAUUGCUCAACAAAAGUCUGUCCAGAAGGAGCCAGGUGUGCAAUGGUGGAAUGUGCUGGGUUUUAUUGUUCACCUAUUGCCAAGUGCUUUGGGGACAAUUUGCCCCUGGACUCUUCCACCAGUGCUUCCACAAUUUCUUCAACCUCUCUCUACCACUACAUCUGGAAGUACAACAACCAGCACCAGCACUUCUGGAAGUACUACAACCAGUACCAGCACUACUGGGAGUACAACAACACUAAUUGCCAGCACUUCAGGGAGUCCAUCAACAAGUGCCAGCACUUCUGGGAGUACAACAACACUAAGUGCCAGCACUUCUGGGAGUCCAUCAACAACAAUUCUCAAGAACUAUCUUCAGAGGCUUCUUCAGUAUUUAACCCCCUGGGAAAUGAGUUGACAUCAGAAGCAUCAGCUUCUGCUCUUGCCCUGGACUCAACUACCCCCUCCAGGGCAUCAUCAUCAAAUGAACCCUCAUCAACAUCUUCUGAAACCACUUUGGAGUACUUGGAGCCUUCCAGCAGUUCUUCAGGGUCUACUCUUUUGGGGGAUGCCCCAGUCACUUCCUCUCUGAGUCCUGUUGAUAAUGAUUUGGAUGAUGGAGGACUUGGCACUUGCAAGAAUAAGUGCCCCAGUGGAACCACUUGUCACAGGGUGUCCAUUGAAGGUUGUACCUUUGUUGGUGGGACUCUGGUGUGUGACUUCAAGAUGAUCUGCAUCCCUGACUCUGUUCAACUUUGUUCUGCAUCCACUUGCACCCCUUGGGAGACCUGUGUGAUUGAAGGGAAAGGGUGUGCGAAUGGCAAUCUGAGGUUGCCAAAUGGUCAGGAAGCCUGUGGUCCCACCUGCUAUUCCCCAGUGCUUAGUGAACCAAAUUCUAUACCUGCUAAGUCUGGUUGUGGUCCUAAUGCAGCUGUUUGCAAAGAAGGGACUGAAGCCUGCUUGCCAAUUGUACAAAACAGUUGCACAUUCAACCAGGCUGGGGACUUGGAAUGUGACUAUUUGGACAUGUGUGUUCCCCAAGAGCUAACAAAGGCAUGUGGACCAAAGGAAACUUCCUGCCAUCAAGAUGAACAUUGCGUGCUGGAAAUUGCUGAUGAGUGCCCAGCAACCCCUGGGAACCCGGGUUGUCCUCCACAGGUGCAAUGCUAUGGCCUCUCUCUGAAUGUCACUAGCAACACCGACUGCUCAGACUUCACUUGUGACUCAGGUGAUGUAUGUGUGGAUAUGGCCACAAAGUGCUACUAUGGGGCUGAUGGAGAUCUGAGUUGUGACUUUGAGGAUGCUUGUGCUCCUGCUGCCAUCUCCAAGGAGUGUGACAAUGAUGAGGGAUGUGGUGAGGAUGAAACCUGUGUUCUGAUGAAGGUGAACUGUGUGGCCCAUCCUUGCUACCCAGCCAAGAUUUGCAAGAAAAUCAGGAACCCAACUCUGCCUCCCCUGACAGGGGAAGAGCUGGAACAAGAUGAUGACAAGUGUGGGGAAGACUUUUGCAAGGUCAAUGAAUUCUGUUCAAAAGUCACAGGCCCUGACUGUGUCUUUGGAGGCACAGCUGAAACUUGUGACUUUGCCUUGGAGUGUUUGCCUAAAAGAAUGCCCAGCUGCAGAGAAGCCCUGUGUGCAGAAGACACAGUGUGUAUCAAUGUCAGCCCAAAAACCUGCCAGGAGAAGCCCUGUUUGGUGCAACCCAAAUGCAUCCCAGCUUUGAAUGCCAUCACUCACCAGCAGACACCCAUCACUGAAUCAUCCUCUUUAGUCACCAGCACUAAUGAACUAUCAUCAUCAUCAUCAUCAUCUCCCAGUGUUUCUUCUGAAAGGUUCUGUGGAAGAAGCAAGCUCAAGUGUGACCAAGAGAAAGAAGCCUGUGCUGAAGUUGCUGUGUCCUGUUUACCAAACCAGCAUCACAAGUUGAGCUGUAAAUUUGAAGACAGGUGCUUGAGAAAAGGAGCGCCAUCUUGCGGCACAGUGCGCUGUUCAGAUGGGCGUCACUGUGUGAUGCGUGAAGUGAGAUGUGUCACAACCCCUUGUGACCCUGUUCCAGAAUGCGUUAGAAGAGCUGACUAUGAUGUGAACCCCAGAAUUGCUCCUAUUCUUAACCGGCUCAUCAAUUCAUGAUUAAUUUGUUCCCAUGUCUGGCUGAUUUUAUUUACGCAAAUAUGAAUUUAGAUAAAUUCCUUAUUUAAACCCUGUGUCUGCGAAAAAAUAAUCUGGGCGCUUAUUGUUUUGAGGUCGAUGCAUUUUCAACGCAUGUUAUGAAUUUCUCAAAUAUUUUCAUACCACUAUAAAAAUAAUGAAAAUGCGUUUUUCUCCAAUUUUUUUUAAAAUUUAAGUUAGUCAAUAUUGGCUCUUCUAAUAUUGGAAUGUCUUUUCCUGGGGGGAAAAUUGUUUGCAAAAAUUUGUCAAAUUCUUGGUCUACCCGCUGUAGAAUAUUUGGUUUCCUGGUUUACUUUGUGAAUUUUUUUUAAAUGAGAAAUUUAAAAACGGAAGAUUCCAUGUGAACCUCUCUUAUUCGAAUAAAUAUUACAAUUUUUCACUAGCUUUUUCGUUCCAUCGACUGGAUUAUAUUUGCCCCCAAAAAAUCUGCGGAGAAGUCUUGAGAGUUUCCGCUAACAACAAAAAUCAUGUCCUGUGUGUGUUGAAAAAAGUUGAAUGCGAUAAGAGAAAGAUACAUUAUGUACGAUCUGCAUCCGGUUGUUGAUCCAUUGACGUGAACAGAGAAUAAAUGGACUUCACUUUAUUUUUUCAUACAA